AUGAACUGUUUGUUAUUCAAAUUAUUAAAUGUGUGUAGCACUUUCCCUUAUUUGAAUGUUUACUACAAUUUCGACCCAAAGGAUUGGAGUAAAAUUCGAGAACAACAAUCUAGACUUGCCAACUUUCGUAAAAGGCUUUCGCGACUACGACGUCAAGUAGUCACAGAUAUGGAUCGUAUUAGUCAGUUUAUGGAUAUUGAGAAGAAUCUUGCAAUCAAUGCCAGGGGUAAAUUGUUCCAAACUGCUCUAUCUAAAAAUGUCCUACCUAUUAAAACAGGUAAUAAACUUAUAUAA